AUGUCCAAUUGGUAUAACCCGCCGCCGCCGAGAGCAAGGUCGCAGCUGGCCAGGGAGCGCACGCUGCCGAGCCGGAGCACUACUGCGAGCAGCAGGGCAGCUGGUAGUAGCAGCACCCAACCCCCGCCAACCCAGUCACUCGCUGACAGGCGUCGCCGAAUGACCAUGACCGGGCCGGCGCCCAACCGCAGCGCACCGGCGCCAGCGCAGUGGAGCACGAUGCGGUCGUCGUCGUCGCCUAGCGGGAUUCCUCGCACAGCCGGCCGCCGGCUGUCCGACGCAAGCUACACGCCGACGAUGCCGAGCCGGCUGAACCCGAGGGGUGCGCCGGAGUCGCUGCUGCAGGUGUUUACCAGAGAGCAGCACAAUACGCGGAGGCCCAGUGCCGACAAUGGCAAUACUACACCCAGCAGCGCCAGCCACGUACCAGGCGGGUUCCCAGGCGGCCAGUCGCCGAGCGAGUUCCCGUCGCCCGGGUAUGCGGGAGAUAGGAGGCCCGAGUCGCGAGCCUCCAUGCGCAGCGUGACAUCUGCACACACAUACAUGUCCUCGCAUACAAACAAUGCCUCGGGCAGCAGCAAGGCGGCCUAUUUUGUCAAGAGCCUGAAGCUUGACGCAAAGGUCGUGCCGCCGCUGCUGGAUCAGCAGCGUGCUAGUCGACGCAAGGUCAGGUUCCAGCAGGAGUCGGAGCCGCGGGUGCGGGUGCGCAUGGACGCCCUGGUGCAUGUUUUGCACCAGGGCGAACAGUGCGUGGAUCUGCUAUGUGUUGGCGAUCCCCAGGACCCGGACCAGGGGGCCUGGCCCACCAUAGAGCGAGCCGAGUUCUCGCUGGUCGAUGGCAGCGCCGAUUACGCCGAGUCUGUGGUGUCGGUGCCUGCAUCGCCAGCGACGUCCCCGGGGAUUCCGCCGCAGCCGCUCGCCGACGAGUGGGUGUCGCAGAUGCCAGACCUCGACACGACCCCGAUGACGACGCCGGUGCGUAAGCCGCAGGACCCGAAACAGCGCGGCGCUCCCGUGUUCCAUAUCAGCGAGCAGGCCGGGCAGCAGGAGCAGCGCCCAAGCAGCAGCGGCUCAUCGCACUACGAGUCGCACACCCAGGCCAGCUACUCGCGUGCCCGCGCCCGUGCUACAGACCGUGCUGCCAUCUAUGGUCCAGACCAUGCCUCGGUCAUGCCAAGCACGCUGUCGCGCCGUCGCUCGACAUCGUUCACCGAGGACAGCCCCUUUGCCUGUUCACGGUCGCUGGCAGACAUGUUCCGCGAUCCCGGCAUGCCGGGCAGUAUGCGGGCGCACUCGUCGAUGGGCUUUGCUAGCCAUCGCUCAGCACCCCACUCUCUUGAUACUGUGCUGACGGAGCAGCAGCCGGUGCUCAAGGAGCCCGAGUCGCUGGGCAUGGGCUCGCAGUGGAGCCAGGCAAUCGGUGGUAGCGAGGGCAGCUCGAGUCUGUGCGUGUUUGAUACUGACGACCAGCGUGGAGUAUUUGUGGCACGCAUCCGGGAGCCCCGGCGGGUUCAGAUUUCGGUCUGGUUCUCACUCCCAGCCCAGCCAGCUGCUAGCGAUAAGUCGCCGGUGAAUGAGCACGCAGCGAACUCGCCAAUGGCAUCUGCCUCAGCCAUGACCAUAUUCCCGUGGGAGUCAGGAUCAGUUACCCUCCAUGGACUGCCUCGCUCCCUGAACACCCGAGUCUGCAUUCGCUUGCCACACCGCCGCACGCUACUAGGCGAUGACGGCGAUGACAUAGUGCUGCUCAGCUUCCCUAGCCCCAAUGACCUUACACCAGACAUGCUAACGACACCUCGCAGACGAGUGAUGAAGGUCGAUAUGAGCGAUGCGCCCAGCACAAUGCGCCGAGCCGGGAUCUGCCGUGGGCCGCUGCCAGAGUUCUCGCCACAGGGUCUCCCUGGCGACGGCUGCUUCUACCGGAUCCGGAUGACACAGCCAUCACGCAGUGAGCCGACGGGCUCGCGUGUCAUGGACGCGCGCCUUGCGUCUGCUGAGGCUAUCGGACGAAAGGGCAAGCCGACAAGCACCACUGCCCAUGGAUGGCUGUCAACAGACGAUUCGGACACACAGCCGGGUCGCGACGACCUGAUGCAGCAGCUCUGCCAGGACUCGGAUAUGCUGCUUGACCGGAGGCUGCAGAGACACAUUGACGAGACCGCCGAUGACCUGGCCACAUAUGCGCCCCCUGUCAGCAUACAGGUUGACGAGUUUGGCUCACCGCAGCCAGUGGCAGCCAAGGUCAAUGGCAAGCGGCAGGAGUGGGACGCGUUCGCGCAGGACCAGACCAGAGCCGAGGGAUUUGACUACUCCAAGACCGAGCUGACUACAUACAGGCUAAAGUCCAUUGACAUGGUUACGCUGGCGUGGUCGCCGCGCUUGGUUGAGUACUGCCAGCCCAUCGAUGAGCCAGUGCAGGCUCCGGCAGAUGAAAAGGGAGACGAGCAGCUGGUUCCACGUAAGCCGCUGGCGCCCCCGGCGGAGCUGUUUGGACUCGAGACCAUCAUGUCGGCGAGCACCACACCCAGCAACAGUGUGCGAGCCAGGUCGGACGAGCCUGCGGCUAGGCUGUCCACAGAUCGAGUCUUCGAGGCGCUGGCCAAGCCAGUUGCUGUGGCUGCUGGCAAGCCAGUGGUUGACAGCGUGGAUGUCAGAGUCAGGGUCUGCCCGCAGUCUCUGGGGCUGCUGACCCGAGUAGUACUGUCCUUGGAGACUGCUGGCGACGCAUCGUCGGCUGCCCAGUGGCCUGAAUCGGCUGCAUUAGCACUGCAGGAAAGGCAGCCGCUGUUGAGUGUCGGCUACCAGCACAAGUCGACGCCGCUCUGGGCCGUCGACAAGAGCAACCCUUCGUCUCUGCGCGUGUGGGUCCCGGCAACUGUAGGCUCUGCCUCGCCCAUCGUGCUUGAGGUCGAGUCCACGACCCAAAUAGGGGUUGGCGUGCGUGGAAUGCAGCUGACAGACCGUGUCUGCCUGGCGGUUCCUGAGCGCAUUAUCUCGCUGCCCACCACGUCCAGCAGCGCUGGCGCCAAGGUGACUGUUGACAACAUGUCUGACCUGUGGGUAUCUGCGUCUUUAGCUGACCACGAUGCAUCCGUGUCUGAGGCGCUGUCGGCACUCAACGGCGCUGGGCAGGAGUACUUUGUCGUGGAUAUCAUCCGGCAGGGAGUAUCGCAGUCGCCGUCUGCGCAGCAUCUGCGACUAGCUAGUGCAUUGAGCAGCUUUGAGGCGUCAGAGCUGCCGUGCAUCUGCCCGUCGCAGCUGGAUAUCGAUGUCAGCAUGGCGUCUGGGUCGCCUGCUGCAGCCGGGCUGAUGGCGACGGUUACGCUGGUGUGUACACUCACCUCACUGGACCCGUGGUUUGUGCAGAUGCGGCAGCCACUACCGGGGUCCUCAACGCGCACCGCCUGUCUAGCCAUCCGCACGCCGGCGAUCUCGGACUCGAGCCUGUGGGUGCUGGACCAUGUCAAUGUCUCGGGCGACAAUGGUAGCACUCCACUUGCGCCGCUAAUCACCGGAUCGCAGAUGCUUGUGGUCCUGCCCAUCCGUACAACAAACAGCAGCGCGGAGGCGGCGCUCGGUGAUGAGGUGGCAGUGGACACUGUGAAAUGUGUGUUUUCCGCCUCGCUGCCCGACGUCCGAGACAAAGCCAUCCUGCCGCUGCCUCUCCCCUUGCUCGAUCUGAGCGAUAGCCGCAUGGCAGACUUGAGCGUCGACCUGGACAAGGUGGCCCAUGUGAGGUUUGCGCGGCGGUCCAGACACCUGCUGAGCAGCACCAGGCUGUCGCUCGCCUGCUCGUCGGCACAGACACGGUAUCGUGCCCGAUUGAACCUGUCGGCGGACAGCACGCUGCUGGCAACCCAUCGCCUGUAUCUGUCGCUGGACAGCUCGCUGGCGCUCCAGCUGUACACGCCAGAGCCGCCCAGAGAGCUGGUUUCCAGGUACGUCGAGACCGAGCCAGCUGUCAACGGAGCCGAGGACGAGGAGCGGGACGAUAUCAGCCCUGCUACGACUGCAUCAGGGUCGCCGAUGAUUGUGGAGAUGACUGAGGAUAACGGAGCGGCCGAAGUCCCGCAGCAGCAGCAGCAGCAGCAGCAGCAAGAGCCAGCAACCGAGACCGAUGCACUGCUUGGAGGAAGAGAUAGCCGAGGUGUGCUGAACACGCUCUGGCGGGCGAUUAAAUGGGUAAUCAAGGUAUUCCUUUACCUGACCGUGACUGCAAUAUUGCUGUACGUUGCGUCAGAUUACCUCGAGAUGCAGUCACCGCCGCCACUGGACAUGCAUGUGCAGCCGAUAGCAGCAGCACCGCUGCUCCCCACCGAAACGACAAUAGCAGCGGCACUACAACAGUCCUCUGCUUCACCCUCGGAGUCGACGGGCGUCGCACAUCCGCUGGACAUAACGCUGGUUGGGUCCGGGUUCGCGGCAAGUCCCGGAUCAAGCCUAUGCGCGGGGGACCGCAUUCCGCCGACGGAGCACAAUCUACGUCACCGGAUUCCACGACUGGGUGGUGGGUAUAUUCGGCAGUGCUAG